AUGGGUAAGGAACUUCAAGGAGUUCACAAGCGGUAAGUGCUCAUUCUUUGCCGUUUUCGAAACAAUUCAGUUGCAGCUACCGUAUGGAACGUGUGGAUCCGGCAACUCUGAACCAUUAUCUCUGCUAUUAUUGCGGAAAGACGUUGUCCGAUCGCAUCGAGUACCAGCAGCACAUGCUCAAAGUGCACGAAGUGAUGUCCCAAUCGUACCAACUGUGGUCAGAUCACACGAUGGACACACUCGGAUUGCGGUGGAGCGAGACGAAGGUACCGCUUGGAGAAGUGGAGGAAGAGGAAGAAAAUUCUGGUGAGUAUUAAAGGAAAAGUUAAAAAUCACGGAACAACGAAACUAUUCUAGUAUCCCCAAAGUCGAAAGCAAAGGAUUCAGAUGAUGAUGACGAAGACUAUGUGUACGAAGAGUUUGAGAAAUCGUCGAGAAAAAGAAGAAACGGAGAGGGAGCUGCGAAAGGAAGAGGAAAAAAAGUAGCGGUCGAGAAGAAGAGAUGUGAAGAUUUGAAGAAGAAAGAAGCGGAAGUCAAGAGAAGACGAAGAUCGGAAGACAAGAGAAAGGAAGAACGAGCUAGACUGAGGGAGGAGGAAGCGAGGAAAAUGGAGGCGGCUAAGCAAGCUUAUGAAGCCAAAAAGGAGCAGGAAAAAGCGAAUGCGCUGCUCAAUGAUCCGGGGUACCAAGAGGAAGAAAGACAUUCUGAGAUAAAAGAAGUUGAGAGGAAAAGAAAAAGGCGACCAGAAGGAUCAAGAAAGAAGGAACAGGCCCCGGAACAAGACGAACCAGAGGUGUCUGCGUUGGUGAAAAAGAUACUGGAAGAAAGCAAGAAGAAAGAGGCAUCGAGUCAGGAGGUCGAGAUAACGGAAGUGGCCGAAUUUGAGCGUAAGUUUUUUUGAACUGCACAUACAGAAUUCACGAAAUUGUCAAGAAACAUUGAACACAGCCCAAAAAGUUUUAGGUAACAGAAAACCACUGGAGACGAAGGCUCGGACCGCGAAGUACUGCAAAGUGUGCAAGAAGGGAACUCAUUUCACCUUCGCGCCGCUCUUCCAACAUUGUCAGUUACAAAUUUAUCUGAAAAUAGUUUGUAUUCUAUUGCUUUCAGAUAUUGAACAUCAUCACGCGACCAUACAAUCAUUCCAUUAUUAUGGUUUCACAGAUGAUCAACUGAUCGGAAAGAAGCUUCUGCUCGAAAGAGACUACUGUCAGAGAUGCAUCAUCCGAUUCCCGACCUCUAACGAUUACUACUUGCAUAUGGUUCAGAAUCACAUUUACGAAAGCGUCCGUUGCCAAUUAGAGUGAGUGUUCGCAGUCCUUUUUCAUGUCGAAUUACGAUUUUUCAGUUUCGAGAGCGCCACGAACGCAGAUGUCGAAGUGAUCUUUUUGUUCCGUGAACGAAAGAUCGCUUGCGGCUACAACUUCAAGUUCGAACAGGGGGCGGAAGAGCCGGAGCCUCUUCGGUCGGAGUCGGUCGCUCCGCCCUCACGGUGUCCAGAUGUGCACUCUCCACAGGAGUUCCGCGCGAAGUCCGCAUUACCGCAAAUUGGAUUCAAAGUUCCGAUAUCGGCGGUGAAAAUCAGAACCGAACCGGCGGACAAUGCGAGUCCGAUGGCAGUGAAACAAGUGAAGAAGGAAAUAAAAGAAGAGCCAAAGGACGAUCUGCCUUCCGACCAGCAACCGAGCACUUCCACUGCCCCCUGA